GAUCAUUAACUGUUGUUUUGAAGUUCUUUAUAAAUUGAAAGAGCCUUGAGCUAUAAUUUAUGUAGGUGAAGUGUUUCUCGGGUUGGUCUAAGAGACAUAACACCUUAUGUUUUAUGAUAGGCAGAAUAGCUUUCCUUCAGUCUGUGUGUUGGGCCCAUGUUCUCUGCACACAGACUUGGUGGCUGCGUUGGUGCCUCAGAAGAGGCGAGUGUGCUCUGUUAGGGAAGUGUUUGACACAGGCCACUGUUUUAAUAAAGUCAGAGUGCUUCUAGCAAUGACAAUGGAUGAGUGUGUCUCUUACCCCUUCAUUCCAUAGCAAGUGGCAAGGGUGAAUUAACAGUGUGCCAGACAUCAUAUGCCUGGGGCAUAGUAGGAGACCUGGGAAGAUUUACAGUAAUCAAACACAAACAGACAGAAUAGCAUGAAGAAAUUUCAGUCCUCCCAGUCCAGCUUACAAACUUAAUUAGGCUUAUUGGGGCAGAAAAUAUUUUUUUUCCCUCCCCACUUUUUAUCUGUUUCUCUUCACUCCCACCUCCUUCAUGCUCAGACUCUCUGAUUCUCUUCGUGGGGAUCAUAUUGCUAACAAAGGGACUCCUUUUCUUGUUGCUUGCUUUUUAAUUCUAACUUGGUUCCUUUGGCUUAUUAGGAAACAGAACAGAAAUGACAACAAAAUAAGAUGUCGGAAAGACUCCAUUUGUGCACUGUUUUCAAAAAUUCCCCAUUUAAAAAUUUGCACUGAGGAAUUUUUUUUGUGGUUCUAUACUUAGAUCUGUACACAUCUUUGUGAAUUUAUGGGCGCUCUUGGCUUGCUGUCUUAACAACUGUCAGCUGAGCUAACUUGCUCUGUCUGUCUUCUCUGUGCAUUGUAUGGUACGGUGCAGGGGAUGCACACGGAUGCUGUUCCCUGCCUUUCCGUUAGCUGUGCAGUGUUGAGCUUCAGUUGAUGAUGGCAAAUGAUUCGGGCUAGGAGAAGAGGUGGGGUUUCUUCCUGUCUUCCCUCUGGUGGUCAGUAAAAUCCCUGACAAAUGCCUCUCCAAGGCUGUGGAAUGUAUGGAUAAAGGAAAAGCCUAGGAUUGCUAGGGGAGUGGCGAUAGGUGAGGCUCCACUCUCGUGUGCUCCAUGGAAACAGGAAACAAGCCUUUUGAGCUUCUGCUUGCCCGCUGAUUUGCCGGUUAUCCAGGUUUCCCCUCAAAAAACCUAUAAGGCAUGGAAGUAUUUUGAACCGAGAGUCACCAACAGAUAAGAAACAGAAAGUCGAACGCAGCACAUCACAUGAUUUUGACCCCACAGAUAGCUCCUCCAAGAAGACAAAGUCUAGUUCAGAGGAGAGUAGAUCCGAGAUCUAUGGUCUUGUUCAGCGCUGUGUGAUCAUCCAGAAAGAUGACAAUGGAUUCGGGCUGACAGUCAGCGGGGACAAUCCAGUCUUCGUACAAUCUGUCAAAGAAGAUGGAGCAGCCAUGCGCGCUGGAGUACAAACAGGUGAUCGAAUCAUCAAGGUGAAUGGGACUCUGGUGACUCAUUCAAAUCAUCUGGAGGUGGUGAAACUAAUCAGAUCUGGUUCCUAUGUAGCUCUCACUGUCCAGGGACGCCCACCUGGGUCGCCCCAGAUUCCACUUGCUGAGUCUGAAGUAGAACCAUCAGUCAUUGGACAUAUGUCUCCCAUUAUGACAUCCCCUCAUUCCCCUGGAGCAGCCGGGAACAUGGAGAGAAUCACUAGUCCUGUGCUCAUGGGGGAGGAAAACAAUGUGGUCCAUAACCAGAAAGUAGAGAUUCUGAGGAAAAUGUUACAGAAAGAACAGGAGCGUCUGCAGUUACUGCAGGAAGAUUACAACCGAACGGCUACCCAGAGAUUGCUCAAGGAGAUCCAGGAGGCCAAGAAGCACAUCCCCCAGCUGCAGGAGCAGCUGUCCAAAGCCACAGGCUCUGCUCAGGACGGAGCUGUAAUUGCACCCUCCAGGCCAUUAGGUGAUGCCCUAACACUCAGCGAGGCAGAAACGGACCCUGGAGACGGCCUGUGCAGGACUGACUGGAGCAGUGGAGAUGCUUCUCGGCCCAGUAGUGACAGUGCAGAUAGCCCCAAGAGUAGCCUGAAGGAAAGGGUUUGUCUCGAGGACACCCCAGAGAGGACUGAAGGAGUUCAGGAUGCUGACACACAGUCGCUGGUCGGCAGUCCCUCCACCCGUGGCGCCCCUCAUAUUAUCGGAGCAGAGGAUGAUGAUUUUGGUACUGAACACGAGCAGAUCAAUGGACAGUGCAGCUGUUUCCAGAGCAUUGAGUUGCUGAAGUCUCGCCCUGCCCACUUGGCUGUUUUCUUACACCAUGUAGUCUCACAGUUUGACCCUGCAACAUUGCUCUGUUAUCUCUAUUCAGACCUGUAUAAGCAGACGAACUCCAAGGAGACUCGGCGGGUCUUCCUGGAGUUUCAUCAGUUCUUCUUGGACCGAUCUGCACACCUGAGAGUUUCCGUCCCCGAGGAAAUCUCUGUGGAUCUAGAAAAGAGAAGACCCGAGCUCAUUCCUGAGGAUCUGCAUCGCCAUUACAUUCAAACAAUGCAGGAGAGGGUUCACCCUGAAGUUCAGAGGCACUUGGAGGAUUUUCGACAGAAACGCAGCAUGGGACUGACCUUGGCUGAGAGUGAGCUGACCAAACUUGAUGCAGAGAGAGACAAGGACCGGGGAACUCUGGAGAAGGAGCGAGCAUGUGCGGAACAGAUCGUUACCAAAAUUGAAGAAGUAUUGAUGACUGCUCAGGCUGUAGAAGAAGAAAGGAGUUCCACCAUGCAGUAUGUAAUUCUCAUGUAUAUGAAGCAUUUGGGAGUAAAAGUGAAAGAACCUCGAAACUUGGAGCACAAGCGGGGUCGGAUCGGCUUCCUUCCGAAGAUCAAGCAAAGCAUGAAGAAAGAUAGAGAGGGGGAAGAAAAAGGGAAGCGAAGAGGAUUCCCCAGCAUUUUGGGACCCCCAAGAAGACCAAGCCGCCAUGACAACAGUGCAAUUGGCAGGGCCAUGGAGAUACAGAAGCUUCGCCACCCGAAGCACUUGUCCGCACCCUCAUCUAUGAGUCCUGAGCUUCAGGACCCUGCUAAGUUGCGCCAGAGUGGAGUAGCCAAUGAAGGAACAGACACUGGAUAUCUGCCUGCCAGUUCCAUGUCCUCUGCCACCUCAGGGGCUGCUCUUUCCCAAGAGGGAGGGAGAGAGAAUGACACAGGAGCAAAACAAGUUGGAGACGCGGUGGCACCUGGAGACUGCUUGGAUAGCAUACCUCGAGUCCCCAAUACUGUUUUUGACUUCCCCCCGCCUCUGCUAGAUCAAGUGCAGGAGGAGGAAUGUGAAGUGGAGAGGGUGGCAGAACAUGGAACCCCAAAACCCUUUCGAAAGUUUGACAGCAUCGCCUUUGGAGAAAGUCAGAGUGAGGACGAGCAGUUUGAAAAUGACCUGGAAACAGAUCCACCCAACUGGCAGCAGCUCGUUAGCAGAGAAGUGCUACUGGGACUGAAACCCUCCGAGAUCAAGAGACAGGAAGUGAUUAAUGAAUUGUUCUACACUGAGAGAGCGCAUGUCCGAACACUGAAGGUUCUUGACCAAGUAUUCUAUCAGCGAGUGUCCAGGGAAGGGAUUCUAUCACCUUCCGAGCUGCGCAAGAUUUUUUCAAACUUGGAGGAUAUCCUUCAACUUCAUGUUGGGUUGAAUGAGCAGAUGAAAGCUGUCCGAAAAAGGAACGAGACCUCAGUUAUUGAUCAUAUUGGGGAAGAUCUGCUCCUUUGGUUCAGUGGACCAGGGGAGGAGAAGCUGAAGCACGCUGCUGCCACAUUCUGCAGUAACCAGCCUUUCGCCCUGGAAAUGAUCAAGUCUCGCCAGAAAAAGGAUUCUCGAUUCCAGACUUUUGUGCAAGAUGCUGAGAGUAACCCCCUGUGCCGUCGUCUUCAGCUGAAGGAUAUCAUUCCCACCCAAAUGCAGAGGCUCACCAAGUACCCCCUUCUUUUGGAUAAUAUCGCCAAAUACACAGAAUGGCCUCCAGAAAGGGAAAAGGUGAAGAAGGCUGCAGAUCAAUGUCGUCAGAUCUUAAAUUAUGUAAAUCAGGCUGUCAGGGAGGCAGAAAACAAGCAGCGCUUAGAAGACUAUCAGCGUCGCCUUGACACCUCCAGUCUCAAGUUGUCUGAGUACCCGAAUGUUGAUGAGCUCAGGAAUUUGGAUUUAACAAAAAGAAAGAUGAUUCAUGAAGGGCCGUUGGUCUGGAAGGUGAAUAGAGAUAAAAGCAUCGAUCUGUAUACACUGCUGCUGGAAGACAUUCUUGUGCUGUUACAGAAGCAGGACGACAGGCUGGUACUGAGGUGCCACAGCAAGAUCCUGGCCUCCACAGCUGACAGCAAGCACACCUUCAGUCCUGUCAUUAAGCUCAGCACAGUGCUGGUCCGACAGGUGGCCACAGAUAACAAAGCUUUAUUCGUCAUCUCCAUGUCAGAUAAUGGAGCCCAAAUUUAUGAAUUGGUAGCACAGACGGUUUCUGAAAAGACGGUCUGGCAAGACCUCAUCUGUCGGAUGGCCGCAUCAGUGAAGGAGCAGUCCACAAAGCCGAUUCCCCUCCCACAGCCGCCACCUUGCGAAGGAGACAAUGAUGAAGAAGAACCAGCCAAGUUAAAAGUGGAGCACCAUGAUCUUUCUGUCGCUGGUCUGCAGAGUCCAGACAGAGUUUUGGGAUUAGAAUCUCCCUUAAUUUCGUCAAAACCUCAGUCCCAUUCAAUGAAUACCCCUGGCAAAUCAGAGGCAGAACAUCUCUUUGUGACCGCAACACAGUUUGCAAAGGAGCAGCAUGCAAAUGGGACCUUCAAGGAAGGUGAUGGCGGGUAUCCAGUCACAAUCUCAGAUCCACACUUGCCCGUGUCAGAGGAGCGGUGGGCAUUGGACGCACUGAGAAAUUUGGGCUUGUUGAAGCAGUUGCUGGUUCAGCAGUUGGGGCUCACGGAGAAGACUACUCAGGAAGACUGGCGGUCCUUCUCAAGAUACAGACCGGCUUCUGAAGAGGCACAGGCGGACAGUGGCAUUCCGGACUUGGAAAGUGUUAAGGCUUGUCAUGCCGGGGAAGGACAGAUGUCUUUUAAAACUGGAACUGGUGAUGUUGCAACUUGUGACAGUCCACGGACUUCAACUGAGUCCUGUGCUGUACAGGAUUCGGUGAUACUGGCUUCCCAAGACAGCCAGGCAAGCAACAUCAUAGAAAUGGACCACAUGCUCCUGACCCCAGAGGUGCCUACUACUGCAGAGCCAGAGGGGGGUCUGGAUGACAGUGGAGAGCACUUUUUUGAUGCCCGUGAAGCACAUAGCGAUGAUAAUCCAUCUGAAGGUGAUGGCGCAGUCAGAAAGGAAGAGGAGGAUGUUAAUGUGCGCAUCUCAGGAAACUGUUUGAUCCUUGAUGGCUAUGAUGCAGUGCAGGAGAGCUCCACAGAUGAGGAGAUUGCCUCCUCAUUCACCCUGCAGCCUGUGACAGGCCUCCCUUCUGUGGACUCCAGCCACCAGCAGCAACACUCCCCUCAGAAUGCCAUUUCCGAGGGGGCGAUUUCACCAUCCACCCCAGAAUUCCUGGUCCAGCGACGCUGGAGAGCUGUGGAGGAUGCUUGCUCUGAGGUCCAGAGUCCCUCUGCUUGGACAGAUUCACAAAGCCAAAUCCUGGAGUACAUUCAUAAAAUAGAGGCUGACCUGGAACACUUAAAGAAGGUGGAGGAAAGUUACACCCUUCUUUGCCAAAGGCUGGCUGGCUCAGCCCUCCCCGACAAGGUCUCAGAUAAAAGUUAGAGCCCCGUGUCCUGGAGGUGACUGCAGGUUUUGGAUUUUGAAUGUCGGCCCUGUAUCAACCACAUCCCGGCUCCAGUGGACACAAAGAGAGUGUGACAGAGGAUCUGCCUGGAACCACCUGGGCUCAGCCACGCCCCAGGGUGCCCCCAGUGGGACUAGUUCUUCAUUCUGGCAGCUGCACACAUCUGUCAGUGAGGGAAUGUCAGGUCUCUCACUCUCCUCUCCUCACUAUCAGAAAUGCAUUUUGAUUCAGAAUAAAAACCAAAUGUAUAGAGCUUUGGGUGUAGGAUAUGAAAUUGUACGUAGGUAAGAAAAAGAGAAAAUCAGAUGUAUUUAUUUGACUUCAUUCCAUAUUUGAAAGCACACUUUAAUUUUUACUUUGCCUUGUUUUGUUUUUAAUUGAGUAGUGAGAGUUUUUGCCCUUUGUAUUUAGCACACCCAAGGAUCAAUUGUUCCUGAAGCCAAGGUCAGGUCGGUCAGGGAUGGAGAGGUUAGUAGACAGGCAAUGCAGAAGAGGAAAGAGGACUACCUGGCCCUCACUAACCUGUAACCCCGCCCUCCUGUCCAGAAGGCUGCCUUCCUGAGGGUCAUCUCAGAGGUGCCGCAUGACUCCUGUGUGUGGAUGACACAGCUCUAGGGUUCCACCCCAGGAAACAAGAGUCCUCAGUACACUAAAUGGCAGGCACUUGAAAAUGGGUGUAUCCCUUGUUGUUGUCUGUUCUGUGGAUAGUUGGGCUUUGGGAGAGAAGAAAACAAAUUUUUAUUUUCUUGAUUAUAAAUUUGUUAUUCUUGGUAUUGUUGCAUUUGUAUAAUUACGCGUUGACUGGCACUUGUAUGAAAUAUUCCCUGCACAGUGAGCAGGAAAUAGGAACAAAGAAAUGGAAUGCUUCAGUGGUGGUGGGUGCUGCAGAGGGGUGGGGUGGGCGGGAGAGGAGUCCGAGAAGGUUUUGGAAACUGAAUCACUACUGAGUUGAACCAUGGCUGUCACUAGCCACGGGUACUGCUGAUUAUAAGGCCAGUAAAAAAAAUUAGUACCUGGAUGUUUGACUCUAAUUUUUUGCACUGAUGGUGCCAAAGGGCUCUGAGUCCCAUGCGGAGCUGAGGGAGGGCAGAGGAAAGUGUGAAGGAGAGCUGCUCGCAUAGCAUCGCUUCAGAGUGCUUUCUCUGACCUCACUGCAUGGCCCUGUCUGUAUGGCGCCAGAACUGGCCUUGGGAGCAGGGGACAGCGCUGAGCAGCGAAGCCUCCGAGGUGCUGACACUGAGGUGCUGACGCCGCUGGUGGCUGCAGUGUGAGCAGCACCUGUGGAGGGCAAGCUGGUCCGAGCUGCGACCUGCAGCUCCUUGAUUCUGAUGGUGUUCAGUGGCUUUCUUUGUGCAUUUGGUAAAUAUGUUUUUGGAGUGUUCUGUAAAAAAGAAAAAAAUCAUUUGUCAAAUCUAAAUUCUGUUAAGAAGGAGUUCACAUGUUGCUUACAUCAUGCAGGGGGGGGGCCUCUGAACUCUGGGGGCAUCAGGAUGUAAUUUAUUCUCCCCUUAAUGCCCCUCUACACAAAGGAAGUGCAUUGUUGCCAAGGAUAGCCCCCCAGCUGCUCUUAUGAACACCUCUACAACUUAACAAGCUCAUCUUCUGGGUCCAGAUUUUCGUCUUUGCCCUUGAGAAUGCCACUGAGUUCUUAGGUCGAUCGGCCAGGAUCCCUGUACCUCAUCUACAAAUUGGAAUCAUAUUUUGAGUCAUAGUCAACCAUAACUCAUAAUGGGGCUUUGAAAUUUUGGAGUAGAACCUAAUAUAUAAGUGAAGUUUGGGAUUUGGAACUCCCUGUAUCUCUUAGGAGAAGCAAGUAGAGACCGAAUGGUUACGUUGUCUUCCAGGCAGCCUCUUACACUACACCAUCUGGGUAGCUCAUCAGGAGAAAAUGCAGACAGCAGUGUUCCGUCUUCACACACUACAGUCCCUCCAGGGUGACCGAGCGCAGCUCAGCCGGAACCCUGUUCUCCUGGAUGUUUACUUUUCUGGAUCUCAGCCUCUCCGAGUUACAGCAGGGCUCACUGGAAAGGUGCUUCGGCAUUGCUCCAGCACUUGCAAAUAAGUGCAUGUCAUAUCAUCACAUCUUCACAUGAAACCUCAAAAUGAAGAACAACACCAACAAACCACUUGUGAGAGCUUUUUGUUUCGUUUCGUUUCGUUUUGUUUUGUUUUUAAUCUAUCAGCCUUACUUCUUGCCUGUCCCCUCCCUCUCUGGCCUCCCGUGCCUUCCAUUUCAUUUUGGCCAUUAGAAUCACAUCCGUUUGACUUUGACAUUGAGUCUCCCUUCCAUGUUGGUGACAACAGAUAUUCCCCCUGUCCUGGAAUGAGAUGGUCAUUGUCAUAGUCCCCUCAAAGGUGGGUGACAAGAAGGUGCUGUGGGUGAACUUCUGCCCUGAAGAGCGCUAGGCAAGCAAGGGGGCUCAGCAUCUUCUGCAGAGCCAGAAAGCCAUGUUUGCGAUGGGUGCAACCUGUGACCCUGCUCUCUUGUGAGCAUAGUGGCUCUUUUGUCACUAAAUGGCAGGUUAUAUGUGAUGUGUCACCCUUUCAGAGAAAAGACCUAACCAAACCAAACCAGCAAACCCUUCAAGUACUGUAAUUUAAAGGAUGGCUGUGACCCCCCACCCCCAGUCUAGUUUCAUAGCAGCUAACUGGACUGUCGGAGCUCAGCUGCUCUCACAACCUAAAUUGUAACUAUCGAUCUGUCAUGUGGCAGGUUGUUCCAUGAAUAUUUUUUCCUUUGUUUUCCCCCAACAACUUUUAAUGACCUCUAGAAAGAACAAGUCCUCUUUUAGAAAGUAUUUUGUUUCUUUGUCUUUGGGGGAGGGAAGAAGAGAAAAGUCCUUGUUGCCGGAAUUUUUUAAGAAGCUAAAGACUUUAAGUAUGCUGCCUCUGAUGCUGUCCGUCUACUUUCCAGUCUGCUCCUUGGCAUUGCCAAGGCCUGAGACUGGCACUCUGCCCAAGCAGCCUCUCUGCAGCCACCUGAGCUGGCUCUGUACUUCUUUCCCUCCAUGUGGCAGAAGGCACCAAAGGUCCUCAAAUACAAACUUAGCGACACCUUGCAGAAGUUUCUGUCCUGUAGAUCAUGGUUUCUUUUUUUUUCUUUUUUUUUUUUCUUUUUUUCUUUUUCUUUCUUUCUUUCUUUCUUUUUUUUUUUUUUUUUUUUUUGACAUUUCACCCCCCAUUUACUGUGAUCUGUAAAAUUGUUUUUUGUUUAAAGGAGCGCUCUCCUUCUGUCUGGUCGCCUUCCCCAUGGAUACCGAGGGUUUGGGUAAUAAUCCGUUGAUCAGGAAAAAGGGGCUUCUCAGAAACCAGUCCCUCCCAGCCAUUUCCAGGUGCCACCCGUGAAGCAGACAUACACAGCACGGUGACCGCAGCGUGCACACUGUUGGUUGUUUUUAAUGAACCUCUUCCCACUAGGACGUCUCACUUUCUCGUUCACCAUACAAUCAUGUACUCUUUAACAGAAAUUGCUUUUAAGAGAAAUCUGGAACUAUCUUUAAAAGAAAAGAACCUUAUUAAUAAUCAUGUAUUUUUACUGAUCACAUUUUGAAAUGCCUAAAAGACUUUUAUUGCUCUAAUUAUCCAGAUGCACCUUUGUAAAAAGCUCUUUUAUGAAUUAGCUGAUAAGACUGUAUGUUUCUGGAACAAAAUAUUGGGUCAUCUAAAACUUUCUGUUUUCUGGGGUCUGGGAAAAUAGAAAAUAAGAAUUCAAAUAUUAAAUAAGCUUAAAAGAA